GCUCUCGGUCUGGCCGGAAGGUGCUGCUGAGCGAUCCCUCGUCCCUUAGCUGCACAGUCUGCAGUGACCUGCGGUGUGGCCAGCAUGGCAGGGAGAUUCUGUGCUGCCCUUGGCUUCCUGUUUGAUGUGGUCAAUGCCUUCAACUUCCUGCUAGACAAGCCCUGGCUAGUGACAGAGCUGGUAGCAAAUCAGCUCGUCGGUGCGUUUGGAGAAGCCUGUCCUUCGAACACAGAAGCAGAACCCAUGCCAUGCCCCUGUCUCUCUGAGGAAGAGGAGACAGCCAUUGAGGAGAAGGCAGCCAGUGGUGGAUCUGGAGCAGUGAUGGUGCUCCAGCCUGAACGGACACAGUCAUGCACACAACCAGGACCAAGACCCCUGUUAGCCCCAUGCACUUCUAAUGGUGAGGAUGACCAUGAAGAGCGUGAUGAAGAUGAUGACGGGUAUGGCUGUGAGGAUGAGAUGGAGGAGAACAGAGAUGAAGGCAAGGAUCUUACAGUUGAAGAACAGAAGGGAUACAAGGCUGAGGACCAGGGUGCUGAGAACUGGGAGGAUGAGUAUGAGCCUCAGCCUGUGAUGGUGCCACCCAAGAACAGCCAGUCGGUUGCCAUCUGGUCAUUCUUCCGCGAGCCAUCAGGGCAGCAGAGAAGCACAAGCAGGGGCAUCAUGGAGAAACUGAGGGACGUUGUGAGUGGGGAAGACCCUGAGGGUAAAUACUUAGAAUUGCAGGAACUCGGCCAAGGGGCAUCAGGAACGGUUUAUCGGGCUAUUGAGAUGUCCAGAGGACAGGAGGUGGCUAUCAAGCACAUUAACAUCCAGAAAGAGGCAGAGGUGGUUCUCCUGAAUGAAAUCAGGUUCAUCAAGGGGAACAAGAGCCCAAACCUUGUCAACUACUUAGACAGCUACAUGGCAGGUGAGGAGCUGCUGAUUGUGAUGGAGUACCUGGAUGGAGGGUCCUUGGCUGAUGUUGUCCUGGAGAUGUGGAUAGAGGAAGAGCAGAUAGCAGCCAUCUGUAGGGAGUGUCUGCAGGGCCUGGACUUCCUGCACUCCAACAACAUCGUCCACCGUGACAUCAAAAGCUACAACAUCCUGCUGGGCAUGGACGGGGCCGUCAAAGUGGCUGAUUUUGGACUCUGUGUUCAGCUCACCUCCGAGAACAGCAAGAUGAGGGAGUGUGUUGGGACCCCUCACUGGAUGGCGCCAGAGGUGGUUAAGAGGGAGCCAUAUGGUCCCAAGGUGGACAUUUGGUCCCUUGGGAUCACUGCCAUCGAGAUGGUAGAAGGAGAACCACCUUACAGCCACGAACAAUACCGCAGGGUGGGAAACCUGAUAGCCACCAAGGGGACCCCAGAGCUGCAGAACCCAGGGCAGCUGUCAGCUGAGCUACUGGACUUCCUGCAGCACUGCCUGGAGGUGGAUGUGCAGAGGAGAUGGUCUGCCAAGGAGCUUUUGGAGCACCCGUUUGUGACCGCAGCCGGACCUGUGUCCUGCCUGGUUCCUCUGAUCGCGGCAGCGAAGGAGGCCAGGCAGGCCAGGCAGUAGAGCUUGAGGCCAGCCUGCUGGGACGUCUGGGAGCGGGGCUGGCAAAAGCUUCCACCUCCUCCACUGCUGCUCCGUGCGUGGCUGAACGCUGACCCCGGCUGAAGCGACA